CACUGAGUUAACUACAUUCAGUACCAGACAAAAUGUUUAAGAUUUUCGUGUUGGCUGCUUUGGCUGUUGCCAGUGAGGCUUCUUACGCCGAUUACGACGGGUACGUUAACUCCCAUGUGGGAUACGGAUCGUACUAUGGGCUUGGACAUGGACAUGACGACUCUUACGAGACACUCGUUGCACCCGUGGUCUCUAAUUCCCACUUGGGAGUUUACGGACACGGUUACGAAGGACAUGAUUACGAUGGACACAAUUCUUAUGCUCAUGGAUUAAACCAUCACGAUACUUAUGCCCAUGGAUUAAACCAUCAUGAUACUUAUGCACCAGCUAAAUACGCUUUCAACUAUGGAGUAAACGACCCCCAUACCGGUGACGUAAAAAGCCAAGAGGAAGUACGUGAAGGUGAUGUAGUCAAGGGAUCUUACAGACUCAACGAACCCGACGGUACUAUCCGCGUUGUCGAGUACACAGCAGACCCACACAAUGGCUUCAACGCAGUGGUAAAGAAAAUCGGACAUGCAGUCCAUCCAUCCCCGGUACCGAUCGUUAAAUACGUAGCCCCUGCGUAUCAUCACGGUUACUAG